AAGGAUGGCAGAAUUACUGGAGCUCAAGAUCCAGGGAGGGAAAACUUCCACAUUGAGGUGAUCAGCUUCUGAAUUCCAAGAAUCUGUUGGUCCUGAUGUCUGACCAUGGAGAUGUGAGCCUCCCACCUGAAGACCGGGUGAGGGCCCUCUCCCAGCGGGGAAGUGCAGUGGAGGUAAAUGAAGACAUUCCACCCCGUCGGUACUUCCGCUCUGGAGUUGAGAUUAUCCGAAUGGCAUCCAUUUACUCCGAGGAAGGCAACAUUGAACAUGCCUUUAUCCUCUAUAACAAGUAUAUCACGCUCUUCAUUGAGAAACUGCCAAAGCAUCGAGAUUAUAAAUCAGCUGCCAUUCCUGAAAAGAAAGACACAGUGAAGAAAUUAAAGGAGAUUGCAUUUCCAAAAGCAGAAGAAUUGAAGGCAGAACUGUUGAAACGAUAUACGAAAGAAUAUGCACAAUAUAAUGAAGAAAAGAAGAAGGAAGCAGAGGAAUUUGCCCGGAAUAUGGCCAUCCAGCAAGAGUUGGAAAAGGAAAGACAGAGGGUAGCACAACAAAAGCAGCAACAGUUGGAACAGGAACAGUUUCAUGCCUUUGAGGAGAUGAUCAGGAACCAGGAGCUAGAAAAAGAGCGACUAAAAAUUGUACAAGAGUUUGGAAAGGUGGACCCUGGCCUAGAUGGUCCACUGGUGCCUGACUUGGAAAAGCCCUCCUUAGAUGUGGUCCCCACCUCACCUGCCUCAUCCACACAGCCUUCAGCCUGUAACACAACUGGAAGGCCAGCUAAGCCACCAGUGGUGGACAGGUCCUUGAAACCUGGAGCGCUGAGCUACUCAGAAAGUAUUCCAACAAUUGAUGGAUUGCGCCAUGUGGUGGUACCUGGGAGGCUGUGCCCACAGUUUCUCCAGUUAGCCAGUGCCAACACUACCCGGGGAGUAGAAACAUGUGGAAUUCUCUGUGGAAAACUGAUGAGGAAUGAAUUUACCAUUACGCAUGUUCUCAUCCCCAAGCAAAGUGCUGGGGCUGAUUAUUGCAACACAGAGAAUGAAGAAGAACUUUUCCUCAUACAGGAUCAGCAGGCUCUCAUCACAUUGGGCUGGAUUCAUACUCAUCCCACACAGACGGCGUUUCUCUCCAGUGUUGACCUGCACACUCACUGCUCCUAUCAGAUGAUGUUGCCAGAGUCAAUAGCCAUUGUCUGCUCCCCCAAGUUCCAGGAAACUGGAUUUUUUAAAUUAACUGACCAUGGACUAGAGGAGAUUUCUUCCUGUCGACAGAAAGGAUUUCAUCCACACAGCAAGGAUCCACCUUUAUUCUGCAGUUGUAGUCAUGUGACUGUUGUGGACAGAGCAGUGACCAUCACAGACCUUCGAUGAGAGUUUGACUCAUAUACCUGCGAACUACAAAAGCAUAUCAGUGCACUGUCACCCCUUGACUUAGCUUUCUGGAAAUCUUUGGAAGCUUUUUAAGACAAAAUAGGAAGGGGGGCAACACCUGGGAAAGAACUGGUUUUUUAUUUCUGGUUUGAAAAGAAAUCAUUGAAUAUAUUUUUAAGGCAAAUCUGGAAAAGAGCAUGAUUAUAAUAAAGCAAUUAAAAAUUAAGUCAAAAGAAUGGUAUAGUGGACACCCAUAUACCCUUCUUUCUAGAUUCACCAACUAUUAACCUUUUUUUCCUCUCAGCUAUCUUCUAAUUUAUCUGCCAACUUGUUUAUUGCCUACCUUUGGACUAAAUGAUAGCAUAUAUGUAGAAAUUUGGAAGCCAUUUAGAAAUCUUUUGGAUUUUCAUUUGGUUUAUGGCAUAUUAAUAGAGUUUAUUACAAGGGUGAGGACCGCUCACUGCAUUGAGCUGAUUGUGAAGAAUGAUUUUUAUCAGGAAUUAUGUUAUUUAAUAAAUAUUUUAAGGUAUU